ACAAACCUCCCGAUCCUUCCUAUCAGACAAGGAUAGGGUCCGUGACUUCAUCGCACUAUUGGGCUCUCAUGAGAGACAAUACCUCUACGAAGAGUUGCAUCGAUUGCAGCAAAACGUAUCUCAACGAUGGCAGCGGCAGGUCUUGGAAACGCAUUGUCAGACAUUGCGGGCAUUGGAUCGGCCUAUUAUGUGGA